AUGGUAAGGAAUCUCUUGCGAUACCAUCUGUAUGCGACGCCCACGUUCCUUUGUCUCCGGCGUUGGGAUGAAUCGUGCAAAAUACCCACUGAGCGUCGGCUGGGAGAGGGCGGUUCUUCUUCUAUUCUUUCGCGACUCACGUUUCGGCAGCCGCGGCCGCCCCCUGUGGACAGCCAAGUUUCGUGGAUUGCGCGUUCUCUCUCGACUCGCGGCGACGGACUCCAGCCCCUGGCGCAGAGCUUCUUGAAUGUGCAACCAGCGCAGCGCUUCUGUCGUCUAGGCGGAAGGAUGCUUCUCUUGAAAAAGCCGCAGGAGGUGGUUAGCAGUGCCCCCGGCGGCUCCGGUGGCGUUCAGCGGCUGUGCCGGCGAGGGCAGCCCGGCGCAGUGGAGGACGCGACCCCGCGUGGGUAUCUCGAAGAUAUGACGCCUCAUCGCCCCGCGUCUCCGUCGCCCUCAGUGGAGGCGCCGCCUCACGCGGCCGCCACUGAGGACGCGACCGGCAGGGAAGAACUUUGCGGCAGACCCCGGUCCGCUUCACUUCUUUCCGCCGAGGCAGACGAAGGCGAAGCGAACAAGUUCCUCUGUACAGCAGAUCGCGAGAAAAAACCUGCUCCUCGGCCGCCGACCAACAGGUCGAGCGCUUGCGCAAAGCGCGAGACUUCGGACGGUGUGGUGGAGAACAGCCAAACGGAACGGCCUCUGGAGGCCGCAGCACCACGCUGUUCAUCCUCGCCGCCGACUUCUUCGCAGUCUCCUCUCCUCUCCAAGGGUACCCGCGAGGCACCGGCAGCAUCGUGCGGCUCCCCUCCGUCGUCUACCUUAUCUCCUGCUCUAGCGUCUGGCGCAUCGCCCUCUGUUCCGCCUUCACCUCCGUCGUGGUCUCCGUUGUCGUCUUCGUCUGGUGCUUCUAGGUCGUCUUCAUCCCCGUCAGCGGUGCUCUGCUAUGCUGCCGAGCCGCGCCCGUCGUCUGGACCGCAGCUCCCACAGCGGGAACUGGUUUCUUCUGUCGCAUCUCACUCUACCCCGGACUGCGAAGCGCGUGCAAGCAGUGUGGAGGCACAGCCCGCCUCCGGGUCUCCGUGGAAUUCGUCAACGUCGCCAUCUUCUUCUCUCUGUUCUCCAUGCCAGCGGGGGUGCCCGAAGUCAAAUCCUGCGUCGUCUUCUGCCGUUGGCCGUGAAGAAAGAGGUAUCUCAGAGGAGGGCACCACGAGGCCGCGCGCCUCUUCGUUCCCGUUGUCCUCUUCGUCUUCGAUUUCCGGUUCGCCUCGCAGUCCACAGUCUUGUGCGAAAGGGGCAGCUCCGCAGAGUACAGACUCAGCCUCUUGUCGUGUGCCCUCCUCCACCGUGUCAAGCCUCUCAGCUUCCUCUGCGUCGCCGAGCGUGUCGCUCCCCUCAUCGCCGGCCUCGUCUGCGACGCAACCCAGCCGCGAAGAUUCCAGCGUGGCUUCUGCGUCCAACCCUACUCUUGACGGCAACUCAAUUGUUGGAAGCUGCAACGAAGUGGGAACACGAGAGAAGCCUCGUGAGCAGCCGUCCGCCUCUCGAUCUGUAUCUGCCGCUAGUUCAUUGUCGUCGUCCUCGUCACUCCGGUCUCAGUCAACCACUGACAGGCCACCGUGUGCAGCGGACGCUGCAUCAGCGUGCUCGGCGUCUGUGUCGUCAGACGUAAAUGAAAUUGCGAACCCUUCGUCUCUGCCUCCGCAGACUCUCCCUCAAAAGAGUUGCGGAGAGCCCGACGCUUUGACUGGCGCAUGCAGACAAAACCAAGACAGGGUCUCGGCUGGAAGGCCGUGCGCAGGCGCAGGCUCCGGAUCGGAAGAUCAGGAGGAGACCUCCGCCAGACGUGAAGAAGACAGACUGACCGAUUCGCCGUCUCCAUUUGACUUCUUCCCUCCGCGGCCGUCCCCGUUCGCAUGCACAGUGUCGCAGCAGGCUGAGAUGUUCCUGCAACUCUUGACAGGUUUAGCGAGGCUUCGCGCUUCAUUCUGGCGAUCGCCCAAGCGUUCGCACGCCUUCUCGUUCCACGUCUUCCAGAUACAGAACGCACAGACCGAUAAGGACCUCAGUCCAUACCGAGAAAUUUUUGAGACCCUUUUUGUGUCUCUCGGCCUGUCGCUGGCGCACACUCCGCCGGUCCCUCAUCUGGCAGACUGGGUACUUCUCAAGAAUCUUCCCUCCGACAAAGAGGCAGCGGAGGCACAGCAGGACAAACAAGAUGUGCGCACGCGGAAAGAGCGGGUGCAGGGCGUUGGCGAAGACAAGGCGUCUAGCGUCUGCGGGCGCUCUCUUUCGGUGAGGAGGCAGAACCGCGGAGUCAGAAAAGCUCUCAAAGAAACGGGUUGUUCACCUGCUUCCACGAAAGACUUUCCGGGCGUCGCGGCUGUCGCAGACUUAGCGGACGUCGCGGGGCCCUCCCCAUUUGCAGGCGAGGGCACUGAGGGACUGCGAUCCUCCGUCUCGCUCUCCGGCGAAGCACAGGAUGAGCGCAAAUAUAGCGCGAUCACAGAGGCGGUGAAGCAAGACGGCGGCUUGGUUCUCGGGCAUACGCUGGAGGAUGUUUACGACGCGUUGGACCGCUUGUUUGUUAACGCAAAAGACUUGCAUGAAUUUUAUCUGACGCCGACAUUCCCUGAGAGCCUCUUCGAAGCUCCCCCCAUCACAUCCACAGAGACCAACCGCGGACCACUGCCCACCAGAUCGGCUACAUCCGCCGCUUUCGCGACAGAUCGUGGCGGACUGCCCCUUCUCUCGCGCUUGCGCUCAGGAAGUUUGGGUGAUCUGGAGAAGCGGGCGGCGGCGGUGGCGGCUGUGGGACGUGGAGGGGCAGCCGGCGCGGCAUCUCUCUCGUCCCGCCUCAGCGGCUUCGUGCCGCAGCCCUACGGCACCCGCAGCUUUUCCCGACCUGGGGCUGUGCCUGCUCUUUCGCAUCCCGACCAGGGUCUUAGGUUCUUCUUGUAUUCGGAGGGGUUAGUGGGGAGACGAGAAGGGGACGCAGGGGCCUCCGCGGUAUUUUCGCCGAACCUCCACCCAGAUGGUGUUGGGCAAAGUGUGGGAGUGGACCCGUCAGUAUCGCCCGUGACUGUUCAUUCAGCAGUACCACAUCUUGUGUCGCCCGCGUGCGCGGUGCAUGCCGGCUCUCUUGCGCUCUCCGCGACGGCGAAUCUCCCUCAGUCCCGCGCGUGUCUUCCUCAAGACGCGGCCGGCGCGCCUGGUGCAGAAAGUGCAUUUGGCGCUCAGGCGGUCUCGGCGCUGCCUCCAAGUUUCUUUCCGGCGUCCGGCUGCUUUCUGCCGACACGUGGAGCGUCCUUCUUUCGAGGCGGGCGAACGUUGGUGCAUGGCGGCGUGUCGGCGAGCGGGCAGACGCUGGGUUCCGUCGCCGAGACGCCGGGCGACGCGUUGGCGCCAGACGCGGAAAAUGCUGCAGCGUCUAAUGUCUCUUCAAGUGUGUCUAACUCUCCCCUGUUCCAGUUUGGAUUUGCGCGAGCAGCCGGUGCACCUCCUACGCUGCCUGCGGUCCACGCCCCGCCUCACAAAGACCCACCUGGAGACGGUCUCUCCGACGGAGACAGAGGGAACAAAGGCGCCGCAAGUUGGUCGCCGCCUGCGGACGGCGCUUCAGCGGACGCGCAGCAGGCGAGGGGGGGUGUAGCCCCAGUUGUGUUGAAGCACGGUGGAUCGAAAGGGGGCCCUCCGGCGGCCGCGUCUGGCUCGUGCUGCGGCCUGACGUCUUUGAAAGCUGCUUCUGCGGCGACUCCGGGAGCGUUCAGCGCGGGACUUUCCCACGGGACUGCGCGACGCGUGAUGCCGCAGCCGCUCUCUGCGCAGCCGGGUUCGUUGGCGUCUCCGGGGUCGGACCCGAGUUCGCAUGCGCCUGGGAGGUCGGCAGAUGACCAAGACGGCGAUCGUCUCUCCGGGGCCCCUGCGGAUGCCUCUUCUGCGUCGCCACUAGUAGAGAAACACUCGCAAAGUGCACAGACCUCGUCUGGAGCCUCGUCCUCAUCUUCAGGGUCAGCAGCUCCACAAGACGGACAGAAAGCUGGGUCGAAUCCACUCGUGGUAGAAAAAGACCAAGCACCUUCCCUUGGUGGCGAUGCGGCUGCAGGAAGUCGCGGGGAUGCUGCAUGCGGGAGGCCUGGCGCGGCCUCGGCGGUAUCCCCUUCUGGUUCUCCGUUCCCUUCAUCUGCUCUUCCUGUCGCCAUCUCCCUUACCCCUUUCCAACUGCAAAAGCUGCAGCUGCAUCCAGGAAAUCUGGCUCUCCUGACGCACCUUGCGCUGCCUUCAUCUUCCUCCACGCUUGUCCAACAAGCGGCUGGCUCUUUGCCUCUUCUUGUCGCGACGAACGGGAAUAGCGUCCCCCUCUCGCACCUCCCUGGCGCUUCCAGCACGCAGACGCCUGCCAGCGGUGCGUCUGGCUUCCCGGUGUCUCCAUCCCCAACAGGCGACGGUGCUGCUGCCCUGUUCCCCACUCCUCAGGUGCAGGGAAACAAAGCUGUGGGCACGCACCCAUCGCCGUUCCUUAUGCAGACUCUGUCAGGUUUUUCGGGCGCCGGCAACGUGUCGCCUCCGCUCCGGACGCAGGUAUCUCCCUCUGGUCAGCUGCUCCUCUCUUACGCUGUCCCGACAGCUGCAGGCGGAGCCGCCGGUCUGCGGAGCGCGGCAGUCACGGGGGCGCCUUGUGGCGCGGGGGGGGUGUUGCCAGCUUCGGCGUCGGCAAGUGGGGUGGUGGGGCCUGGCGGCUUGAAGUGCGGCUCUUUGGGGGUGCCCGUUCUUCGUUUUCCUGCUGCAGCGGCGCUGACGGCGUCUGGGUCUGGCGCUGGCGGAGACACAGCCGAGCUCGCCCAACGAGCUGGCUCCGAGUCUCUGCUGUGUCUGCUUGGGGGUCAGGGCGCGACGCCUGCUGGGACUGGGGGAGCAUUACCCAUGCCGCUGCCUGCAGUCCCUGUCGCAGCGGAGCCUGUGGAGCCGGGCGUAUCCGCUUUCCCUGGAAGCGCUGGCGGUCUCGCCGCCGCACCGGCCGACGAGGCGAUGGCCUCGCAGGCGGGCGCGGGGGGGGCUCCGUCGAAGGGCGGCGAGGAGUCAGGAGGGAAGGACUCGGGUUCGGUCGAUGUGCCAGCUUCGCGUUCGUCUCCAUUUCCCCUCUUCCAGCUGUUUCGGAACGGCUGGUGGGCGACCCCCAUUCCUCCAGAAGAUCCGCCGCUCAGCAGGGACGAGACGGAGGCCCUUUUGCCGUUUCUUCCUUCAGUCCCCGCUGUCGUCUAUUGUAAAGAGCAACACUGCUUCUUUGCGCUGUGGCGCAUGAAGGACGGCGUCGUGCAGCGGCGGCGGUGUGAGUGCAGCCUUCUCGGCGUUCGAGAGGCGCAUCGCCAGGCCGUUCAAACGGUUUGCCGAUUGACGCGGCGGCCUCCGGGUGUUGUGUACGACUGCAAGAGUGGGAAAUGGUCGGUCUGCGUCACUCGCCAUAACGGGCGUCAUCGCGCAUCUUUUUCUGUCAAGAAGUUCGGAUUCGAAGGCGCCCACGAAAAGGCCAUGGAUUGGUACGAGGCGAAGCGAGUUCAGCUGGGACUUCAUGACAAUCCAACAUGCGCAGAGGUCGCAGACUUUGAGGCAGACGUAAAAGCGAACCCCUCAGCGCUGUUCGAUGUGGUAAGGAAAGCCCUCGACGCGGCUCCGCCUGCGCAGCCCGUACGCGCCGGUGCAGCACAACGACAAGGGGAAAAGGAUGAAGAUAAGAAGCGGAAGGAUUCGACAAAAGCUGGCAACGCUGAGGCAACUGCAAGAUCUCCUGGAUCAGCUGCGCCCAGCGUGGAAAUUGUCCCAGUGGCAGAUUCAGAGUCCAAAAUUGCGCGGCUCCCGUUGGUGUUGACGGCAUCUGCGGCUGUCCUCCCGUCGUCGAGUGCAGAGGCAGGCGGAAGUGUGGUAGCGGACCGUGGAAACCGGAGCAAUGCAAAGACGCUUCCGCAUGAAAAGCUAGGAGUGAAAGAUGAGGAGUCGCAAAGCAACGAAGCAGCAUGCAACAAAGGUGCCUGUGAACUGUCUGUGUCACUGAGAGAGCCCAGUCCGGCAUCGCAGCAGGGAGGCUGCGCUCCUGCCGUCGCACGCGAUAAAGGUCUUGAGGCGGAAAGCCAUGCAGAGGUGGAUCCGGCACACAACGGACCAGAGGAACAGAGCUCUGGCACGCCCGCUGUCUGUUUUUCUGGAUCUGUUGGGGGUGAGCCUUUGACUCUGUGUGCAUCGCUUCAGUCUUCAACAAGUUCUGCUAGUCUCUCCGUUUCUCAGUCGGCGGGCUCGGGUUCUGCGCGUUCCGCCUCUCCCCUUGCAUCCGUGCCCAGAGCCUCCUCGUCUUCAGUCGGUUCGCCGGAUUCUCCUCAAGGUGCAGCAGUGGCCUCCGCCUCGGGUUCAUCAGCCGCCCCCUUCUCCGAGCCUCUCGAGCCAGCACGCUCAGGAAAUGUGUCGGGGCGAAGCACGAGACACGCGUCUCUAGGGGGUGUACUGGCAACCCCAGAGUCUGCAACUGCGUCUGAGGUGAAGGGUUCACGCGAUUCGCCCACGGGAGUGUCCGGUGUGGCUCCCUUGGAUAAGGACGCCGCACAGCCAUCGUCUGGCUCCGCAACAACUGCGUCAGAUACCGACGCCACGGUAAUCGCCACAAAGGCUAUGCUGAAUGGCGGCGGAGCGACGGUGCCUUUGUCUUCGGCCGACGUGUCUGAAAAAAUGUCGCCUUUGGCAGAGCGUGAAGAAGGCGCGAGUGCAUGCGCAGAGCCUGCUCAGGCGGAGGGGAGCUUACCCACCGUCUCGGGAUCAUCUGAUGUGGCGCCGCUUUCAACUGCCGCCGUCAGUCAUGAAGAAAACGCACUUUUUCACUAUGCACAUGCAACGCUGCCGUCUUCGUUGCUCCCCCAUUCUCUGCCGCCAAUCCGAGGCAUGUCUCCCCCGUCCACGCCUGCGGCGCCCUGUGGCGCCGAUGCCAGCUGGAAAGACUCCGAGGGACUGAGUUUUUUCAAAGCGGUUGUGGAGAAUGAGGAAGACAAGAAGGGAGAGACGGGAUGCGAAGCGAAGAGUGCUGCGGUAAACACUGUUCAUGGACCAAAACCAGCAGAGGAGAACGAGGAGGGCACUCAAGGCGAGGAGGCUCGGACUAAGCCUAUGGCAGGGCUAACUGUGAAGGAACUGUGCGCCUUGACGGCUUCGUCACCAGUCUCCUAA